AUGUUGACCGAUUUGGAAUACACGUCAGCCGUGAUGAUCGGUCGUUAUUUGCAAUAUCUUGUCUCUAUUGGCUAUUCCCACAAUCUAUUCUACCUGAGAACUAUACUGGCCAAAGUGUGGGGCCCAAUUUUCCUCAGACCGCGUUAUUCACGCGAGUUUCGUCUGGCCAAACCACUGACUGAGGAGGCUCGGAUAAAUUUGGCAAUCGCGCUAUUUGAUCGUAUUAUUGAAACCGCACCUUGGCAAACGUAUACCCCGUUCGAAGGUGUGCAUAAAGUGAUUCUACAGGAGAAUAUUCUGGCCAAAUCGUACGUUCCUGAUCACAUCCGCGAUCCGAUUCGGAUCCCGUAUGAUCCGGAACAGGACAAACAUCGUGUGCCCGGCUAUCUUCGUGGGACAAUGAGCGAUCGAUUCAAAGAGGAAUCGAUUAAACAUGCCAAAGAAACAGCCAAACCCGAAUGCCCGAUUCAUCCGAACAGACAAGGAGAUCAACAGCAGCAGCAUGAACCAAGCCAAUCUGGUGAUACAUGCCCGCGAAACACGGUCGAAUUCCCGCCGGAUCAAUGUCAAACGUGA